AUGCAGUCGCUCCUUUCUAAUGUGCCGCGGACGCUUCUGGGUCUCAAGACACCCACAGUCUACCAGCCUGCACGCUAUAUCUCCUUGACCGGUGCGAUUGAGAAGGGUCUUCGAGAAGCCCAGCACGGCGCAAGCAAACAUGAAGCACGCUACGCAAUCCCUCAACAUGGAGACCAGGCCCGGUCAGCCAUAAGAGAGCCUCGAGGCACUCGCGGAGAGGACGACCGCCGGGAAUGGCAGAGGAAGAUACCGACGAGAGACAUGCAGCCGCGAGAGGAGGAAGAGAGACCAGCCCAAUAUAGGGUAGGAGUGCCUACUUCACUCCCAUACACAACAGCAGGGUCGGAGUUCAUUUACGGAACCUUUUCUGUCCUGUCUGCGCUCAAGGCCGGAAGACGGAAACUCUACAAACUCUACCGCCUGCGUCCACCAGCUUAUGGCAAAGGAUUGGACAAGCCAACAAGAGCGAGGACAAGGGCUGAUCAAUCGGAGGAGUUGUGGGACGAUACAGAAGCACAAGAGGAUGUCUACAACCUUGCAAAAAGAACCCGGGUGGAGGUGAAGGAUGUUUGGGGACCAGAUUGGCACAGGAUCCUGUCUAAAGCCGCAACGGGACGCCCACACAACGGCUUGGUGCUGGAGGCUUCUCCGCUGCCCAAAUUGCCAGUUACAAGCCUGUCUCCCGUCGACAGGUCAUCAGACGAGAUCACUGCUGCUGUGGGCUGGGCUUCGCAGGAGGAUCAAGAGGUCAACCGUACAUUCGAUAUCCGUGGAAAAAUCGCGACCAUCCCUUCCGUGCGGCCAUCUCAUCGGUAUCCUUUCAUGCUUCUCCUCGACUGCAUCACCGAUACUGGAAACUUCGGAGCGAUUGUCCGCUCUGCCUGGUUUCUUGGAGUCGACGCUAUCCUCAUCCUUGAGCACGGCACAGCCCCGAUAGCGUCCAACAGUCUGAAGGCAUCCGCCGGAGCUCUCGAGUACAUGCCGAUUCUGCAUGUCAAGAAUGAACGUGCUUUCGUCAAGAGUUCGCGUGAGAAUGGCUGGAAGUUCUUUGCCGCGGAUGCCCCCAGCGACGAACUUCCAUUGCGCAGACGCUACACCAAACGCAACAAUACUCGAAUGCUGGGGUUUGAAGGAGCAUUAUUGAGCCACCCUUGCGUAUUGGUGCUUGGUAACGAAGGGACGGGGAUUCGUGACUUCAUGAAGUCUCUUGUGGAUGGUAUGGUCGGGAUUCCCAACGCAAGGCCCCAUGCCGGAGACAUCGACAGUCUCAAUGUCAGCGUGGCAGCGGCUUUGAUGACCCAGAGGUUUUUCGAUUCGGCUCCAGCCCCCCGUGGUUCAGAGUAA